ACACCAUCGGAGACAUAAGGGGUCCAGACUACAAAGCUACCCCAUAUUUCACAUCGCGCGCAACUGUCGAAGGAUCAAAUCAUCAGUGUCAGUCCCUUCCUUGGGCCAAAAGUCUAGACUCAUUGACCUCGGUCGCAUUUCUUGUUUGAUUUGUUUAUUUCCUUGGCAAUUCGCCCAACAGACUUCACACCUCUCCACCGACGCAGACGGCGCUACCGAUUGUUUACUACAGAACAAGUCCUUCGUAAAAUGAAAAGGGCAUAAGCAAAAGCCACGGUCGAGAACGCUACGGAUCCAUUACCACUCAACAGGCGUUUAUCUUUACCCCAGAGAAUCGAACCGCGGAAUGGGUAACAAGGCUUCACCGGCGGAGCUAAAGACCCGCAAGAGAGAAGACUAUCGUUUCUUCCUUGACUACCGCACGCGAUGGAACGACAAUGAUAUGUAUGACCACAUGAACAAUUCCGUUUACAACUUUUUAUUCGACUCCAUCAUCAACGCAUACCUCAUUGAGAAUUGUGGUCUCCAUCCUCCUACAGCACCACAGUUUGGCAUGUGCGUGCACACCCACACAGACUAUUUCUCGUCUAUCGCGUACCCUGCCGUCGCGGAGCUUGCCCUACGUGUCAACAAGCUAGGUAAAUCUAGCGUCACGUACGAGACUGCGCUCUUUGAGAAGGGCAAGGAAGAGGUGAAGGCGGUAGGAGAGUUUAUACAGGUGUAUGUUGAUCGUGAGACGAAUAGACCGCUAAAGGAUGGUAUGGCUUCAACGCUUCGUGAGAAGCUGCAGGAGCUGGUCGUUGAUGACGAUGCAAUUAAAGCAAAGGCUAAGCUUUAAGGAUAUAUGUAAGCAUAAGUACAGUCAAGGGGAGGCAAGAAAACUUGGGACCUCUUAUCUAAGUGAUAAAAAAGCGUAGGUAAACUUAGUAUAUUUUAUUAGGACUUUAGACCAGUUUAUUUUAGCACCCUGAUUCAAC